AUGAAGGAGACCCAAAAUCCUGAGGACAUAAAAGCAACGGCGGCGGCGCCUCUGAUUACUGGUGAUGAAACAAUUGGCGUUGAGCUCGCUGGAGUUUUCACACAAUGGAAGGUUUUCGAAUGGGCUGGUGAUUUGGACAUAGUGUGGGGACUGGAUGUUUUAAAAGAUUUCCUCACCGGCGGUGCAUUCGCCGGCGACGAAGUCCUACAAGCUUACGUCGGUGGUAAAGAUGGCCUCGAUAGACUUUUCUCCCGCUAUGCAGCUAUCAAACUUCUACAAGCAUACUGGGAAGCGCAAAAUGUAUUUUUCAUCUACAUCCCUAAUAUCGUCAACGAUCGAUGGCACGGCAACUCCGGUGGAGAAAACGCUGGUGAUCCGAGAAGAUUCUGCGGUGAAAAGGGAAUGAUGGUUCUCGCAGGCGUGGACAACAAUUCCAAGUUUUCUGCUCCGACGGGUAUUGAUAAUGGGAAAGUUGCUUCUAUUGGGGCAUUUAAUAUUCAACUCCAACAACUCUACACCAGCACCUACAACAUGUAUACCGGCAAUGGUCCCGACUCCUACAAAGACAUCACCUGGCACAUGAACAACAUCGCACGUGAAUUUGUCGGGAACAAGGAUGCUAACAAAGCAUAUACCACUGCUGGAUUUUUCAACCUGCCGGUCUGUGAAUUGAAAAGUUAUAAUUGGAAACAGAGUGAUAAUAUGCAUAAGGAUCCUCCUUGUGAUUGCUUAUGUGCUCAAGAUGCCUGGGGCCACAAAUUCCUCGAUUAUGCUUCUCAACCUAUCAAAAAUUGGUUGAAGAGUUGCUCACCUUGUGUUUAGGUGUCUUUAUGAAUUAUCAUAGCUAUAAUCUACGAGAGCUCUCUCUGAUGAUUCGGGAAAAAAUGUGCUAAAACCCAGGUUCAUCUUUGCACGCGUGGGACAAGUAGAGGUUUAGAAGUUCUGCAGCGAUCGUUUGACAGAUAGGUUAUGGGUUUUAUGCAUUCCGUUUUCUGUACUUUGUCUGUAAUUUUAGGAGUUUAUUUGUUCUCUCGAAACAUACCUAUUGUGUCUCGAGUCACUUUACUCGAUGGUUGAUUCUGCCCCAGAUGUAUCGUGAUGUUCAGAGCAAAUCACAUGCAUGUACAGUACAAUGGGU